GGAAAGGAAAAGAGGAGAUGAGGGCAUCUUCGCUCUCCUCUCGCACUCCUGUCUGGAUUCUCUUCUCCCGUAGGCUCGUAGCAGUGGCCGAGGCCAAGCUCCCUUUCGCUCCAUCUCCCAGAUCCAAUCGCUCCAUCUCCCUUUCUCUCUCUGGGUUUCCGGGUCUGACCCAUGGCUUCGAAGCGUAUUUUGAAGGAGCUCAAGGAUCUCCAGAAGGAUCCUCCUACGAACUGCAGCGCAGGUCCGGUGGCUGAAGACAUGUUCCACUGGCAAGCAACUAUCAUGGGACCCCCUGACAGCCCAUAUGCCGGUGGAGUAUUUUUGGUCACCAUUCAUUUCCCCCCGGAUUAUCCUUUCAAGCCUCCGAAGGUUUCUUUCAAAACUAAGGUCUUCCACCCGAAUAUCAACAGCAACGGAAGUAUUUGCCUUGAUAUCCUUAAAGACCAAUGGAGCCCUGCCCUUACCAUAUCCAAGGUUCUGCUGUCGAUAUGCUCACUGCUGACGGACCCGAACCCAGAUGAUCCUCUGGUGCCAGAGAUUGCUCACAUGUACAAGACGGACAGAGCAAAGUAUGAGGCGACCGCACGCAGCUGGACCCAGAAGUACGCGAUGGGAUGAGGAUGAGUUUGAAAUCACCUGGAAUUGUAAAAAAGAAAAAAGAAAAACUGGAAUUGCUUUUGAUUUUAGAAAAGAAGUGUCAAUCUUGAGACUUGUGUUGGGCUGAUGUGAUGUGAUCAUAACAGAACAUGGCACAGAGUGCCAGCUUGUGAGGUUAUUGUGACUAUUUCCUUUCUUUAUA